AUGACAGGUGCUGAAACCGAAUCAACGCAGGCCCAUCAACAUGCGGUUGAGUUAAACAGGCAAGCUUUUGACGAAGUACUCGCCAAGAAAUAUGACAAGAAGGAAACGCAGAUCUUGAUGGCAUACUUAUUCGUCAAACAUAUCUUGGAAUUCGAUCUCAAUGUUCCAGUGAAGAGAAAGACUCUUGAGGAAUCGGAGCCAUUGUUGGGAGAUGCUCACUUACCAUUCAGUGGAUUUAACAAAGAAGAUACUUUACCUGAUCCAGCCACGUAUUUGGAAAAAUACCCACAUUCAAUUUUCCGUCCUGGUAUGAAGUUGAUGGAUUUCGCAUGUGGGACUGGUAUGGUUACUGAGUUGUUUGUUCCCUACUUAACUGGUAAUGAUGAUGGAGUCAAGAGUGAGAUUGUUGGUGUUGAUAUUGGAACUACAUUUUUGAAGUACUUUAAUCAAAGAGCCUCUAAGUUGAGUAAUGAUAAGGUGUCAAUGAAAUCAUACGAGUACGAUGUUCUUGAUUCAAAUAUACAACCAGAAUUGACUAAGUUCAACAAUUACUUUGAUUUCAUAUUCUCCACCAUCUCCUACCACCAUAUUCACAAUUAUCAACAAGUUACCAAAAAGCUAGUUGAUUUUUUGAAACCUGGUGGAUGGAUGUUUAUCAUUGAUUUCUACAACGAGGAUGUUGAAGAUAUCGACGAGACAGAUGAACGUUCCUUAUCCAAUGAAGUCCAACACAUGGGGGGUUUGAAAAUUGAUAAAUUGAAUCACACAUUGGGUGAAUAUUCUGGAUUGGUUAACGUUUCUAGUGCUCGUGAAUUUCGCGCAAACUUGUGGCAACCUGAUGUUUUCAUUCGCAGUCAUAGUACUAAAGCUAUGGUGGAUAAGAUGAAUGAUGGCGAGUUGGAAAGUAAAGAGAUUGAAGGGCAGAUGAAUUACCUUGUUGAAACUAGUUUUAUUUUCGCAAUUGGUCAGAAACCGGGAGCUACAUAA